CGCGUCUCAUUUGCCAUUUGUCACUGAUUUGCAAAGUUUGUUUCCAUAAUGGUAUGCUGCUUCCAUGUAUUGCCAUUUAGUGACAAAUGACAUUUAGAACUUUGUAAGAGAUUCUGGUAGGGACGUUUCACUAUGAAGUGACGGUUAUGGUAUUGCCGAACACGUGCACAAUACGGAAAAUAAAUGUUUCAAAUAGCCUAUAUAGUAUUGUUCUAAAGUUGAUCGAAAAUACCUAGGUAGGCCUGUCAUACCUAGUUGUACAUCUUUGCAGCAAUGUGAAGAAUGGAUCCCUGGAAAUCUUGGACACCUACGACAAACCAAGCAUCCUAUGAUAGAGGAAAAAGGAACUGUGAUGGUGUAAGAUGGGUGAAAGAAGCAGAGUGCCCUCCAUCAAAUGAACAAUCUAUGGAACGUGUGCCUGACAAUGGAAGGAAGCAAUUUAAAAAUGUCGUUUUAGUUGCCAGUCGUUACUUUGAGCAGUUGUUAAAACCCAUGGAAAAUGAACAGGUGAAGGUGUUAUACAGUGAAAACCCGAUCUCUGAGAAGCUCAAACGGCUUAUUGAAAUUCAUAAAAAAAGAUAUGCAAUGGAUACGCUGUGGAUAAUCGUUUCUGGCAUAUUUACUCUGGUUGAUAGUGAGAAUUAUAUAAUGUGUAGUUCUUGUAAACAUCCUUUGAACUUUCUGAAAGGUCGAAAGAGCUUUGACAGUGUUAGUUUCAUAGAUUAUGCUUCAUCAGUGUGUGUAAAUACUCAGAAAAUAUUAGGACAUGGGAGUGAGAUAAUCAUUGUCCCACCAAUCCCAGCAUCAGUGGCUGUUGUUGAAAACUAUUCUAGUCAUGAAGAAUUACACAGUAAAACUAGUGAGGUGUGUGUUCCAGUUACAAAUUGUGAAACUUACUUAAAUUUGAAAGGUUCCUAUAAUAAAUUUUGCCAUUUAUGGACUCAGUUAGCUUGUAAUCAGAUAAGUCACUGGUUUAAAAAUAAGCCAUUUGAGUCUUUAAGAGAUUCUGGUUAUUCCAGUUUUAGAAUAUUUUCCAGUCGCCAAGGUCUUAACACAGUAUUGGAUAAAUGGUAUAGUGCAAUGCAGAACUUUCUUUCUUUAGCUUUAUGCCCACCUCAAGAGUCAGAAAGUACGACUGAAGGAAGCUAUGAGAAAAUUGUUGUUCUGGGUAGUACUACAUUCACAAAGAAGCUUCAAGACUUAGCAUAUAAUAUGAAUGUAACAUUUGUUGAUGAAAAUGUGAGUCUUGAUGAUGACGGUGUGAUAUUUUUAAGUAAGUUGGAAUGUACACACCCAGGUAAAACCUUGUGGGUUAUUUUGGCAGGGGUAUCGGAAGUGUCAGAGCUUCUUGAUGAAGGGUAUCCAGAGUGUAACUUAUUUUCUUGUACUCGCUCUUUACCUGCUUUUGUGUACAAGAACCAUACGUUAGGAGACCCUGCCUAUAAGAAUAUGUCUUACCUUGAAGUAGUAACAGCUGUUAUUAAACAGGUUAAUGACUUUGCAGUUGCAGCCACUGAGGUAUUAAGUGAAGAUAGUUGUGUUUUUUUAGCACCAAUUACACCACUGAUUGCAGCUUGGGGUGGCAAAGGCUCUUUUCUUGGUCAGGAAGAGUCUUCCAUUUGCCAUGCCAAUAGUCACAGAAUAUUCAAGCAAAAUCCAAAUAUCCCACUUUUGUGUGGCGAUGUGGAAGUGUGGAAGCAGAUGACUAAAGAACUCGAAGGGCAGUGGCUUAAAUUACUGAUGGACAGUUUAUUAACUGACAAAGUUCUGUAUGAUCUUAUGCAGAAAUAUGUUAAAAUGAAGCCACAAGUGCUGAAAUUUGUAGAAAGUGAGAGUUUUGAUGAAGCCGAUGAAAUACAGGAUGUUUGGUCAGUGUUGAUGGUUAACAUAUUCAGAUAUUUCUUGGGGGUUAAAAAGGCUAACAAAAGAAAAUGUGUUAGUUCCUGUAUCCAGGAAAAGACCAAGCUUCAAGCAGAACCUCUCAGGAAAGAUCAUGAAGAUAAGGCAGAUAAAAAUCAUUGGUUACUUGAUGAAAGAGGAAUUCAUUCACCAAUGACAACACCCUCUGUUUUUGAUGAGUUCUCUGUCCAAAGUCUCAAAGACAUUCAUUCCUUUAAUAAUCAAAUGCAGCAGUUUUUAACCCCAUCUGUGGCACCUUCAGUAAUUCCUCUCUCUUUGAACACACCGUUCUUAGGUUCCGUCAGUAAUGCUGGGCCACACAUGACAUAUUCAUUUCCCCCUCCAGUACAGUCAUUUCCUCUGCCACCUCCACCUGUACCUGUGCAGUCAUUGCUCCCUCCAGUGCAGUCCUAUCCUCUGCCACCUCCACCUUUACCUGCACCUGUACUUCCACCUUUACCAGUACCUGCUCCUUUACCAUUACCUGCACCUGCACCUGUACCUGCACCUGCACCUGCACCUUUACCAGUACCUGCACCUGUUCCUUUCUCGUCUUUGCAAUUACAGCAUUCAGCUUCCUUAUCUGUGACAUCAUAUUCAACGCUACCAUCUCGAAUUCCUCCUCCAGCUCCAAUGGCAGUGCCAUCGUUACCAUCACAUUCAGUUUGUUCAGUCACAUCACUGUCACAACCAGCUCCUUCACCUGCACAGUCACCAGCUUCAUCUUCCAAACAGUUAACAGCUCCAGAUAAAAUUUCAGAAGAUUCAAGAGAUGUCAUACAAGCUUUAUACAAACAAGACCCAGAUACACAAGGUGUUACAGUCAUUAUUGAACAUACUGCUACUCGUAUGAACCACACUGAAGCUGAGAAUAUAUUGAAGGGCUUUGGAGAACUUGAGAACAAUAGUCUGCGAUGGUAUCAACGUCAAAAGAGUCAAGAUGAAAAGUCCACUGUUAAAGGAGGUUGGAGGGAAGAGUUCUCACAUUUCUCAGAAAAUUCUGCUGUUAAAGAAGGUUUGAAGGAAGAGGUCUUGCAUUCCUCAGAAAAGUCCACCAGAGAAUAUAAGUCCUCACAUAAUAAAAGAAAGGAGAGAAGUGCUCGGAGGGUCUCAAGAGAUAGUUUUGGUUAUGAGUUACACAAAAGAAAGAAAACUCCAUCCAAAGAAGAAGCCGAAUACAAAUUGGCCAAAAGAGAAUUGAAUAUUGAACAUGACAGAGAUUUUGAAUUAUACCUUCAGACACCAGAGAUUCAUCCAGAGUAUGAUUGCCAGUAUGUUCUUUUCAGAGAACAAUACCAGCAGAAGUACCCUGGGGAGCUGGAUGAAGAAAAGUACAUGAACCUUUGGAAAACAUUUUGGAAAGUAGUAGUUACUGAAAUGUUGAAGGAUGAGUAUGAUGAGAAAAGAAAGGUUCUUGAUAUUGAAUAUAAACUACAUUGUGAUAAAACAUCCAAAGAGCAUGUGAAACAUAAAUCUUCUCGAAAAAGAGAUGAUUUCCAGAAAGAAAAGGAUUGUAAAAGGGCAUUAACUCACAAUGAGGAUGGUAAGAUAUUGACAAAAUCUGUGACACCUGAUGGUGAUGAAGAAUUCUUUGUGGAUAAAACGCUAAGACUACUUACCGAGGUCUCUCCUGCUCUGGGCAUAUUAGAACCUAUGUUCAUACAACUUAAAAAGGAGAUAGAACAUUGCCAGUGUGACCGUGCGAAGCUCUGUAAACUUUUUGAAGAUGAAGAAAGAAAAUUAAUCUUGAAAAGGAUAUCAGAGAAAGCUAAAAAAUUAAGUGAAAUUACAAAAGACUCUGGAUCAGAGAAGUAUGUAGUGAAACUCCAGCUAGCAAGUGUGCAAGCUCUUAAACUUGUGGAAUAUGCUACAUCUGGUUCUAAAAAACAAGGUUCUGAAAAACAAAGCUAUUAUGGAAUAGACAUAGAGUCUGUGGCAAAAGCAACUUACAACAAGACUAAUGCAGAUAUUAUUCAGUCCAUUAAAGAUUUGCUAGCUGUUAAGGGGAUCAGAGACAUUCAAGAUGAUGACCUCAGUAGUAUUUAUGAUGCUGUAGUGUUAGCACAUAUGAAGUUAGCUUGCAUGAAAUGAAGAAUGUGGUCAACCUGGUAAACAUAGGUAUUGAGAAAUACUACCUAAGUGCUCCAAUGAUAUUUUAUAGAACUUUUCAUGGCUGUAAACAGUCAAUUGCAUUAUCAGAUUGUUGCAGUAACCUAUGCUGGCUUGGCAAUCUUGUGGAUAAUAACUUUUCAUGUAAACAUAAGACUCAUAUAAAAGGUGAUGCCUUAUUGUGUGAAACUCAAGUAUUUGGUAUAAGAAAUUCUCUCUAGAUAUUGUUUGGAUUUGGUUGAAAAAGGAUAGCAUUAUAUUCAAUCAAGUGAACUGCAGUAUUUAUGAUUUGAUUUAUCUAAUCAUUUGAUCCACUCCUGGUUGUGAAUGAUUUCAAGGGGGGUCAGUCAGCGUAGUUCUUGAAAAGGAGCAUAAAAAUUUCCAAGGACUUUGCAAUAGUUGGCAGCAUGUAAAGUUAAAGGUAUGUAGUAAUUGAUUUAAUAUACAGUAGAGCCCUGGAUCUUGACGCUAAUUCGUUCCAGAAGGAGCGUCGAAAUUCAAUUAUUUCGAGAUCUGAAUCAAGUUUUCCCUUAAGAAAUAACUGAAAAUGGAUUAAUCUGUUCUGGACCACCAGUUAUUACCCUAACCUUGCCUUUUUAUACAAUACAUUACGUGUAAAUUACAACUAAAUAAGUUGAGUUAAAUAAAUAUCAUAUUAAACGUAUAUUUAUAAUUUUAAAUGUAUAACAUACAGUAUAUAAGAAAACUGGCCUAUGUCCAACUGUUUGUUGACCGAGCGCCAUAUGCUACCUAGGUAACUAGUAAGUAGAAUGUAGUGUCGUGGGUAGGCAUAAAACGUGUUGCUAACAUAAUAAAGCAUUGAAAAGCAAGUCAAAUUAUUACAGUAAAUUAAUAAACUAUUGAAAUUAAACCCAAUUUAUAUUUAUAAAAAACUUACGAAAAAUUGCAUACAUUAAGUCGGCAGGCUGUGGCAUGAAAGGAUGUAAACAAACCAUAGCGCAGCCCUGGUGGCUUAUAGCGGGACUAUGGUAGCAAAAAAACCAUAUCGUCGCUAUAAGCCUAGAAACGUUUACAUUUGGUAUUAAUCUAUGGUAAAUCUUAAGUGGAGUCGACUUUAAUACUGUAUACAAAAUCGCUUUAAAAUUAUCUUUCAGUAAAUGUUAUGAUACUAAUGGUUUUCAUAAUUAUCCUUAUAAAAAAGGUGCGUCUUCUACGACGGCAAAUUGUCAAAUAUCAGGGCUGGUUUCAAGGUUAUUGGACUUUGAAAAUAAUUAUGGUACUAUAUGGUACAUAUAUACAAGUAAAAGAAUCUUCUUAAUUUCUAUAAUUACUAUACCAUUAUGUACCAGCAUCUCUUGAGUUUUAUAACAGGCUUACCUCUUCUUUACGAGGACGCUUACAAACCAAGCAUACAGAUUGCAUUCGUUACCGCGCACACGUUACAUAUGUAAACUGGUGUCACUACCAAAUCUCAUACGUAAACAUUGACAUAUUUUUACAGUAGACAUAAAAGAAUCGUCUUAAUUUCUAAAACUACUACGUAUAACAUAGCGGCUUCUCUGAUUUAAGCUAAGGCUAACGUCCUCUUUACCAGCAAGCUUAACAAAGCUUAAAGAUUGCGUUCGCUACUGAACCGCACACAUAACAUAUGUAACAGUGGUUUCACUACCAAAUCUCAUACGUAAACAUUGACAUAUUUUUACAGUAGACAAAAAAGAAUCGUCUUAAUUUCUAAAACUACUACGUAUACCAUAGCGGCUUCUCUGAUUUAAGCUAAGGCUAACCUCCACUUUACCAGCAAGCUUAACAAAGCUUAAAGAUUGCGUUUCGCUACCGAACUGCAAGUUACGUAUGUAUUUGUGGUUUCACUACCCAAUCUCAUACAUAAACAUUGACGUAUUUUUACACUAGACAUAAAAGAAUCUACAUAAUUUCUAUAAUUACUAUGUAUACCAUAGCGACUUCUGAGUUAAGCUAAGGCUAACCUCUUCUUUACCAGUAAGCUUAAAAAGCUUAGAUUGCGUUCGCUACCGAACCGCACGUUACGUAUGUAACAGUGGUUUCACUACCAAAUCUCACACGUAAACAUUGAUGUAUUACAGUAGACAUAAAAGAAUCGUCUUAAUUUCUUAAUUACUACGCACAUAUAUACCAUAGUGGCUUCUCUGAUUUAAGCUAUGGCUAACCUCUGCUUUCCCGGCAAGCUUAACAAAGCUUAAAGAUUGCAUUCGCUACCGAACUGCACAAGUAACCUACGUAUGUAACAUUGCCUUCACUCCAAACCUAGCGCUUAAAUACGUAUUGCAUUUGCUACUGAAACGCGCGCCUCAUGUAAGCAUUGUUUUUAGACUAGGUCUACGCCUAAAAAAAAGCAAGCAAGGGUGCUUGAUUAAAUCUCUUUUUUGCUCAUCACUUUCACAUAGAGGAGAGGAUAGACAAAACUUAAGGUAUAUUUUGGAGUUGGGAAUGGUGGAAACAUUUUGAUGAACUUUACAUGUUAGCAAACUCGAAAUAAAAAACCAUUUUUCUUUAAUAGAUCACAUACGCAAACACUAGUACAGUGGACCCCCCGUAUUCGCGUUCUCCGGAUUCGCGGACUCACACAUUCGCGGAUUUCUCUCGGGAACCUUUCCCUGCAUUAUUCGCGGAAAAUUCGCGCAUUCGCGGUAUUUUUCUAUGAGAAAUAUCCACAAAUUCCUCCUUUUUGUUAUCAAUUUCAUCAUAAAAUGCACUUUUUGUGAUAAAACUAUUAAAAAAACCAAGUAUGAAAAUUUUUAGUGGUUUUUCUUAAGUUUUAACUAACAAAAUAGGCUGUUUUUAGCGUUUUUAUAGGGGUUCCAAACAUUCGCGGAUUCUAACUAUUCGCGGGGGGUCUGGUACGCAUCCCCCGCGAAUACGGGGGGACCACUGUAUAAUAUUUGAAAAAUGUGUGAAGAUCACUUCAGAUAUUAUUUAACAUUUUGAUAUCUCUACUAAAAAAAUUAAAACUAAAAAAGGAAAGCAAAUAAGUCUCUACUCAUGAAGAAAAACAUACAAAUUUUACUUAUUACUGCAUCAUUAUCAUGCUACUGAGACACCAUUUUUCUUUAACAGGUCACAUACACAAUUAAUAAAUACUUGAAAAUGUGCAAAAAUUAUUUCAAAUAUAACAUUUUGAUAUCUACUGAAAAAUUAAAACUCAAGAAGAAAAACAUACAUACUUAUUACUGAUCAUUAUCAUGCCACUGAAGCACCAUUUUCUUUAACAGAUCACAUACACAAUGAAUAAAUACUUGAAAAUUGUGUGAAAAUCACUUCAGACAUAAUUAAAAUUUUGAUAACUACUGAAAAAAAAUAAAACUUAAAAAAGGAAAAAGAUCAGACUUUACUCAUGAAGAAAAAACAUUAUUCACACUUUACUGAUCGUUUGUCAUGCCACUGUGGGUAUUUAUAUUCACAAAAUUUAACAUUCCUUAGUUGGGCUCAAACUUAGCAAUUAACUCAUUUGUUAGUGCUGCUUUUGAUGGCAAUUUCACUAUGGAGAUACAUAUAUUCACUAUAGCUGUGUAUGAAAUUGAGGAAUUUUCUGCAUUUUAUUUAAAAUUUUAGUGAAAAUACAUUCUAAAAUUGUACUAGAACCCUAAGUAUGAUAGAAUUUAUGCUAAGCUCCAAUUCUUGGGUCAAAUUAUGCUAUAAAACAUGAAAUUAUGCUACAUUUGGUAACACUGGAUGACGCUAACUAGUGGCGGCUGGCGGAAACAUGUUUACAAACAUCUUAUGGUCUGGUGGUCAGAAUCUGGUUUUUUGUUUGAAAACAGAUACAAAGUUUAUUGGAAACUUGAGUGGCGAAAUCCGAUUAUGUCGAGUUCUAAUACUGUCGUGAGCCGGAGCUCUACUGUAUAGUUAACCACAGAGAGAUUAUGCUGCAAUUUAACUAAUUUAACUUUUUUCUCAUUUACAAUUUUUAAGAUUUUGUUGUUUUUCUGUUUCCUUCUUUACUUAGGAAUAUGGUUAUGUAUACGGUUAAUAUUUAUGAUUUCAAUAUCUGAUGGUGUUCUUUAAGUAUAAAGUUUUAAUGUAUACAUAAUGCAGGAAUAGAAGGAAAAAUCAGAAAAAACUAGAUUAAAUAAAUUCUUUGUCUACUCUUACAAAAAUUUUAUUAUUGUGCGUAAAUAAUUAAUUUGAUUUUUACUUUGUUGAGAACGUGUGCUGUACAGCACCAUACUUAAGUUUUACAUGAAGUUGUGAUAACCUUGUAUAUUAUAUUUAAGGUAUAGUGAUUCCAUAAUAAAUGAAAUUUUGAAAUAAAGUGUUAUGUAACUAGUAGAAACAAAAUGGUGUUUCAUUUAUGUAAUAUAAUUUAAAGUAAUACGUA